AUGCACGUCUCCAAAUUUGCUCAAUUGGCGGCCCUGCUGGCUGUUGCCGCCCCGGUACUGGCCUCAAACCAGGCUACCGACAGCCCCAGAGGCGUUGCAAAGUUCCCAAACAGCGCUGGAGCAUCCCCUGCCGGGGCCUAUGCCGGCUCCCCCCGGCGUGCUGAGAAGGCGGCCGCACGCUGCGAGGCACGCCGAAGGAUCCAAGCACGCACCGAGCCCACCAGUUUGGACCCCCCAACCCCACUCGAGCCCGAGACCGUCACCCUGCCCGGGCACAUCCGGCCCGUCAAGGUCAAGAGCUUCAAGAAGAAGAUUCUCCCCGAGGGAAACCCCAGCCCCAAAGCCCCUCCGGAUUCUGCCGGUCUCGACAAAAGAACUACGCAUAACUGGGCUGUUGGGGUUGAACUGAUUGAUGGAUAUCGCAGAAAUACUUUGGGGAUCCCCGCCUCGUCUUUGACCAAGAAUCCCACCCUUGUCCUGACCGGCAAGCCCAAGGAAGGGGACGAAGCCAAGAAACCCGAGGAAUCCACUAAACCCAAGGAGCCCCAAGAGAAGCCUAAGGCAUGA